AUGGACAAAAAAUUUGAAAUUAUUCCAUUUUCUCCUAUGGCGGACAUAGGAUUUUGGAGUACAUUAGCAAAGAAAAAGCUCGAAGAAUGGAAAUUAAAUUCAGAUCCUUAAGAUAUUUUUGUUAAAUUUAAGAUUAGCAAUUUCACAAGCAAAAAGGCAUUUUUAAAUCUAGAUGUUUACAGCUUUCAACAAUGGGAGCUACAGUUAUAGGGACCUGUAGAAAUUGUCAUUUAAACUUAGUUAAAAAAUUACAAUACAAUUGAAGAGUUCAAAUAAAUAAACUACCAUGACUUGUUUAAGGACCUAACAUAAAAGUAGAUUUCUGCAAUUGAUAACUUUUUAAGUGGCAAAGACGAAAAUUUAAAUGCAUUCAUAAUGAAAUUAGUUACAUUUGCAGAUCUAAAAAAACAUAAUUAUUCAUACAAGCUAUGUUCUCCCUCAAUUAAAGUGGAUGAUUUUAAUUUACUUGAAAAGAGCUCGUUUAAAACUGCUUUUAACGAUGAAUAAAAACAAAAAGCAUUUGAUGAGUCUUUGAAGCAAUUUUUAAAAAGCGGAAAGAUUUCACCUUUCUUCUACUGUAAAGAAGUUGACGGGGGAAAAUUUGUUUUUGGUACAUUAAGAGAAUAUCUUAGCGAAUUAGAAACAGGAAAAACAAAUGAUUUAUAUGGAGUAUUUUUUGAUCCAUAUAACUAAAAUACAGGAACACACGCAUACUUCACCAAUUUACUUGCAUUAGUACUUAAGUUAGCAGAAUAAAAAGGGAUUAAAAAUAUUCUAUCAAACCUAAAAUUUAUCUUGCUUAAAGAUUCCCUCAUAUACAAUUUUGCUAAUAAAUAUGAUAUGAAAAAUUCUUUGGUUGUGUCUGUUGACUUGACUAAUGCUAAAAUUGAUGCUGAAUCAUACACAGGCUGCGACCCAAACUAAAUACCCCCAAGUAUAGACUUAAAAAGCUCUCUAGAUGAAGCUACCUUAGCCACAGAUGCUGUAGAUUUAAAUAUUAAGCUAAUGAAAUGGAGGGUCUUGCCUACCCUUGAUCUCGAACUGUUGAAGAGCACAAAGGUAUUGAUGUUAGGUGCAGGUACUUUAGGAUGCUAGUUAAGUCGUAAUUUGAUCGGUUGGGGUAUUAAGCAUAUCACUUUUGUUGACUAUGGCAAGAUAUCUUAUUCUAACCCUGUGCGUUAAUCUCUUUAUGAAUUUGAAGAUACUAUCAAUGGAGGUAAGCCUAAGGCUGAGACCGCUGCUGAGAAAUUAAAAAAAAUAUUUCCAGAUAUUGUUAGCAAGGGCUAUUAAAUUAAGAUUCCAAUGCCUGGCCACUAUCUAGCAAGUGUUGAGCAUGCUAUUGAAACACUAAAAGACGUAGAUCUUCUAGAAGAACUUGUUAAAGAGCAUGAUGUUCUUUACUUAAUGACUGACUCUCGUGAAUCUCGUUGGCUACCUACCAUAUUAGCAAACAAAUACAAUAAGAUUUGUAUUACUGUUGGCCUUGGAUUUGACUCUUUUGUUAUUGUUCGUCAUGGUCUAUCACCUAAAGUGCAUAACCCCGAAAUAAAUGGUGAAAGAUUGAGUUGCUAUUUCUGCAACGAUGUUAUUUCUCCUGGAAAUACUAUGAAGGAUAGAACUCUUGAUUAACAAUGCACAGUUACUCGUCCUGGUUUAUCUUUUGUAAGCUCAGCCUAUGCAAGUGAAUUAUUGAUUUCUUUACUGCACCACCCACUGAAAAAUGGAGCUCCUGCAGCUGAUGAAAUCGAAAAACUACCUCAAACUGAUCUAGGUAUUCUUCCCUAGCAUAUCAGAGGAACUAUGGGUGAAUUUGAGACAAGAGUGAUGUAUGGCAGAGCAUUUGAACACUGUGUAGCCUGCAGUGAAUUUGUUUUAGAUGAAUAUCUAAAAGACCGUGACAAUUUCUUAUAGAGAGUUAUUAAUGAUCCUGAUUAUUUGCAGUAAGUAACUAAAUUGUCUGAGCUUCUUAGGGAUUUAGAUGGUACUGAUGCUUUUAUAGAAGUAGAUGAUUGA